ACCAGUGCUGUGUCAGAGAAGCCCUUUGGUAGCUCUCCAGUUUUUCCUGUAGUUUCUCCGGCCACCAGCAUGGAGGGACCCUGGGUAGGCAACUGGCGACCUCAUCCCCGAAGGGGCCCAAUCCUUGCAGAAUUCAGCACCCCAGGUCCCAAGUAUGGGCUCCCUGGGUUGACAGGUCAUAUGGCUCAUGAUCCCACCAAAGACAGAGCCCCUGCAUUCUCAUUUCGAGGCAGCAAUGCUCCCUCUGCAGACACCUGCUCACCAGGUCCUCGGUACUUCAUUGAAUCAUCCAUCACCAAGACUGGGAGGCAGAUGGCUCCAUCAGCACUUGUGACAGCACGUCCCAAGACCAAGAUUUUGGCCACCCCUGGACCCAGUGACUACACCACGGAUCGUGCCAACAAGCACGUCUUCCAUACUGCACCGGCGAAUAGCCUGGCAUCCCGACACAAGGACUUAAAAGGUUUCCGCACACCAGGUCCUGGCACCUACACCUUGCCCAGGAUUCUGGGACCCAACACAGCAUACACUCAUGCUGAACCAUGCUACUCCAUGAAGGGGAAGAGUCAAUACCAGAGCUGUUUUCAAGAUGUGGCAAAGACGCCAGGUCCUGCGGCAUUUCCCAAGGUGGAUCUGGAUAUCUACAAAACCAGGGCUCCCAAGUUCUCAAUGGGAAUGAAAACCAAAGUUCCUGGAAAGGGAGCGCUUCCAGGUCCAGCAGAAUACACCCUGGGAAAGUUGUCAAUAACCAAGGCCCGGGAUCCUGCCUUCAGUUUUGGAGUCCGACAUUCUCUCUACCAAGCUUCUUUAAUACCUGAAACACAUGUUGAUUAA